AUGCACUACCAAGCACUUCGCCUUUUUGCCACCGACUACAUGCCUUCCACCGUCAUAUCAUCCUUUCCCAGAAGACUCAACUCUUUCUAUUUCACUUCUACUGGACAUCCAAAUACGAACGACGCGAAUUUUUUCACUCGUGUUUUCAGACCACCUUUCCCCUCCUCACCAGGCCGACCCCAUAUGCAUCCUGUGGUUCAUGUCGUUUUCGAUGAUUAUCUUCCUCCAACCGAUCCACAUUCUUCCACCUAUGACGCUUCUCUCCUUCCUUCCCCUUCCAUCAGCUCCUCUACAUUACUCGUUCCGAAUCAAACGUCCCGCCUGGCUCUCAAAAUUUGCUUUCUUCUCCCAGCGGAAAAGACGGGAGGUUCGGGACUAUCAUUCUCCCUUUCCAGCUACGGCGCCUACGAAGUCUCGCUCUGA